AUGUCUGCAUCCGUUUCCGCCUCCGCCUCGUCGAACUUCCCAUCAGACGCUCGUUCGGGGCCCCUCCGCCGCCUUAGCCAACUGCGCGCUUAUACCCAAAAUCAUUUCUCCUCUCAAUCCUCCUCCUCGUCAUCAUCAACCUCUAAUACCAACAGUCAACAACCGAUCGCCCGUCGACAUACCUUCAGUAGUCGAGUAUCUUGGUUUUCUCCCGCGUCAUCUGCCUCCACCGGUACCGAAUCUGCUCAUCCACCUGUGGGGACCAAUAACCCGGCCCCAUGUCCCGACUCUGAGCCAUCUUCAUCGACCCUCGCCCGCUACAGUUCUGUCUUGUUUCCAGGCUACCGCGGUUUUGAUCUCGACCUGCGUUCCCAGAAUCGCUCCUCCGAGUCAUCAACCUCCCCCCCUUCUUCACACGAGCCUCGUCGGACGCAGACCCAAGGCAGGAUGGCGCGGCUGAGAGGGUUGUCUCAAACCCCAGAUACGAGACCGGAGGUGGACACGACGCCAGCAUCGGCGCCGACCAACCUGCAAAAUGGGCUGUUAGACUGCCCCGACCCGGUUACCAAUGAAAACUCUUCUUCAUCGCCACGCCCAAAGCAGAAAGCCACCAUUCGUUUUUUCCCUCACCAGGAUUCGCACGGGAAUUCAAGACCGUCCUUACCCUUUAUCCCCAUCUCUCGAACGCUACCAUCGGAGAGUAGUGUCAUCAAGGUCGGGCGAUACUCUGAACGAGAUGGCCUGCCCGUCGCAAACCCCACAGAGCCCUCCGAUGCGCCUGUUGGUUUCAAGUCGAAGGUCGUCAGUCGAAAACAUUGUGAAUUUCUGUACCUGAACGGGCAGUGGCACAUCAAGGAUGUCGGAAGCUCAUCGGGAACCUUUUUAAACCACAUGCGAUUGAGUCAGCCCAACAUGGCGUCUCGGCUAUAUACAGUGAAGGAUGGUGAUAUCGUGCAGCUUGGUAUUGAUUUCAGAGGUGGGGAAGAGAUGAUUUUCCGAUGCGUUCGGAUUCGCAUUGAAUGCAACCGGUCCUGGCAGCAGCAGCCUAACGAGUUCAAGUAUGGUCCACACACCGAAAGUCUCAUUAAAAACUUAGGUAAAGGCGAAACGGCGGACUAUUCUGGGUGCCGUGAGUGCUCGAUUUGUCUUGGAUCUGUCUUGAGACCUUAUCAGUGUCUGUUCAUGGCAGCGUGUGCCCAUGUUUGGCACUACAAGUGCGUUAGUCGCCUCAUUCAUACACCGGAUUACCCUAUGUUCCAGUGCCCGAAUUGCCGUGCAUACACGGAUCUCAGCGCCGAGGUCGAUGAUUCGAACGAUUACGAGGAGGUGGAGCAAAAGCCCACCUCCACAGAGGAACAACGAGAUUCAUCCCAGGACCGUCGAUCCGAAACUCGCACCCCUCAACUAGAAACCAACCCAACUCCCGAGGCCUCCAACUCCUCGCAAGACUCCGUGGAUGCCCUGCCAAAUUCUUUGUCCGCGGCAGCAGGGCUUACUCAUGAUGUCGGGACUAUGCACCUCAAUGAAAACCGUACAUCGAGAGAAUCUGAUGAUGAGACACCCCGUGUGGCCAAUCCAUCCCCUGUUGUCACUGGGAGCAUCGGGAUACCGGUUCCUACGGCUAGUGCUCUUCAGUGCCGGCAGGCGCAGCUGCGUGCAGAUACACCCGUUCGUUCUGAGUCCUCCGAUGAUAACCCUCUGACGCCACGCAAUGAUUCCGGUCCUCUGGUAUUUGACGGCCGGGCUAGCAUGUCAUGA